AUGCAAGUGGCGGAGUGGGGGUCGGACUCGACACCGACAAUGGCGAGAUGGAGGAGCAGUGCAAGCGGACUCCGAUCACGGUUUGGAGGUUCGAUAUCGGCGGCUCAAUACUUCCGACAACAUCGCUGUGGCGGCAUCCGACGGUUGGCGACCUCAACGGAGGUGGUGGUGUGGCGCCGGAGAUUGAAGGGUGGAUACGAAUUUGAAGAAUUUGGAUCGGGACGUGUACUGUGA